GGAGGAGGAGGGGGGGAGGGGAAAGCCGGCGCGCAUGCGCAGCCGGUGAUGCCCUGGGAAAAGCGGACGGGUUCAGUCAGCGGGGCGCGGAGGUGAUCUUACCGCCGUUCUUCAGAUAACCAGGAUGCAUUUCCAGUGGGACUGGCUGUGCUUGGGUGCCCUGAUAAUCAGCUCAGUGACUGCAGAAAUUGAAAACGAAGAAACUCUGGAUGCAGAUGUUGAAGUGGAGGAUUUUGACAAGCAGUCUCAAGAAGCUGAUGUUGACAGAGAUAAAUCUUCCUUAGAGGUUGUGUACCAGACUCCAAAGCCAACUGGGGAAGUUUAUUUUACAGAAACCUUUGAUGGAGUAUUGGCUGGGUGGGUGUUGUCUAAAACCAAGAAAGAAGACACGGAUGAUAACAUUGCUAAAUAUGAUGGAAGAUGGGAAGUAGAAGAGCUGAAAGAAAACACAGUGCCUGGAGACAGAGGAUUAGUGUUAAAAUCGGUGGCAAAGCAUCAUGCGAUAUCAGCUAUGCUAACAAAAGCAUUUAUUUUUGAUAAUAAACCUUUGAUUGUUCAAUAUGAAGUGAAUUUUCAAGAAGGCAUUGACUGUGGUGGUGCAUAUAUUAAACUUCUCUCCAGUAGUGAUGACUUGAAUCUGGAAUACUUUUUUGACAAAACACCUUAUACUAUUAUGUUUGGACCAGAUAAAUGUGGAGAAGAUUACAAACUACACUUUAUCUUCAGACAUAAGAAUCCUAAAACUGGAGAAUAUGAUGAAAAACAUGCAAAACGUCCUGACGUAGACCUAAAAAAAUUCUAUUUGGACAAGAAGACGCAUCUAUAUACUCUUGUGCUAAAACCAGACGAUACAUUUGAAAUGUUAAUUGACCAAUCGGUCGUCAGUAAAGGAAGUCUUCUUGAGGAUAUGGUUCCUCCAGUAAACCCUCCCAAAGAAAUACAGGAUCCUAGUGAUAAGAAGCCUGAUGAUUGGGAUGAGAGACCAAAAAUACCUGAUCCAAAUGCUGUCAAACCAGAUGACUGGGAUGAGGAUGAGCCUUCCAAAAUAGAAGAUUCUGAUGCUGUUAAGCCUGAGGGAUGGCUUGAUGAUGAACCACAGUAUAUUCCAGACCCUAAUGCAAAAAAACCAAAGGACUGGGAUGAAGAAAUGGAUGGGGAGUGGGAAGCCCCUCAGAUCCCUAAUCCAAAGUGUGAGACUGCACCUGGUUGUGGACACUGGGUGCGUCCCAUGAAGAAUAAUCCAAACUAUAAAGGAAAGUGGAAAGCACCUAUGAUAGAUAAUCCUAACUAUCAGGGAAUCUGGAGCCCUCGGAAAAUACCUAACCCAGACUAUUUUGAAGAUCUUCACCCGUUUGAGAUGACCACUGUCAGUGCUGUUGGUUUAGAACUCUGGUCCAUGACAUCUGAUAUCUACUUCGAUAACUUCAUUAUAUGUUCAGAAAAAGAAGUAGCAGAUCGUUGGGCAGCAGAUGGCUGGGGCUUGAAGAAACUGGUAGCAAGUGCUAAUGAGCCCGGUAUGUUCAGUCAACUGGUAACUGCUGCAGAAGACCAUCCAUGGCUCUGGGUUCUUUACAUCUUGACUUUAGCUCUCCCUGUUGGUCUAGGUGUGUUGUUCUGCUGGCCAGCAAAGAAAACAGAUGAAGAUAUUGACUUCAAAAAACCUGAUAUAUCUAAGCCAAUUACAAAGGGAGAACUAAAACAAGAGAGAGAGGAGUUAGAAGAUGAUGAAAUAGAAUUAGAAGUAAAAGAAAAUGAAGAUACUGCUGAAGAUGAGAGAAGAGAAAUGGAGGAGACAAAAAGAGAGCUUAUAAAGGAUACGAAGAAGAUGGGAAGGGAGGCUCCUCCUUCAGAAGAUGAAGGUGAAGGUGGUGAAGAUAUUGAUGAAGAAGAAAACGAAGUUGCAGAUGGAAGUCAAGAAGGUGAUAUGUCAAAUAAAUCUGGUUCAGAAGAUGAGAUGAAAGAAGCUGAUGAAAGCACAGGUUUUGGAGAUGGUCCACUGAAAUCAGUGCGCAAAAGAAGAGUACGAAAGGACUGAGUUACUUCCAGCUAGUAUUUGUAGGUCUAGAUAAUAGUAACUUUUGGUAUGCCACUUCAGUGGGCCUGACCAUGCAAGUUCCCCGAGAUUUGAAGGAAAAAGGAGGACUCAUUGCUACUUAACCUCCUAUUUUAAUUCUCUAACCUCUUUUAACCUUCCCAAACUUCCUUGAUUCCCUUUUUUAAGGAGAAAUACUAUCUGUGAGGAGUUAGCUGAUGUUUCGAAUUCAGAAUAAAAGUGAAAUUACAAGUUGGCCAACUAAUUUUAAGGUGAAGGUUCUUAAGAUUUGAAGAUUUCUAGAAAUUAGUAUUAGUUGGAUAUAAACUUACUUUAAAUAUUUUUUAAAAACAUGAAUAAACUGUAAUAUUUUUGCAGCUCUAGCACAAAAUUAGCUGUUUAUACUUUUCAGCUAAAAGAGGAUGAUAGUAUAGAUGUAGCAUCUAUAGCAGUUCAUAUUGCUAUGAGAAAAGGGUUUUUUUCUGUGCAGAGCUAAAUGCAAUAAUUGUUUUUGUAUGAUGAUUUAGUGCUAGUGACAAUUUUUAUUGUAAAUUAUUUAUUUUAGUUGAUCUUGCUACAUGGGUGGUCACCUGUUCACUUUAGACAUUGGUUACAGUAAUUUAUUUUUAAGAGAUAUUUUAAAAUAGAAUACUCAUAGAACAAGUGGUAAUUGAUGUGACUUGUUUUACUUUUGAAUGCAGAUACCAAAUCUGCAGAAGUGAUAUACAGAUGAUUUUUUCAAACUUUUAUAGUUCUCAUGUUCCAAGCCAGAGUGGUAUAACCUCUGUUUGUAAAAUACUUGCUAAGUGUACAUUGCCUCCUAAAAAUAUUUAAUAAUUCUUGCUUAACAUGAAAUUUAUUAAUAUAGAUAAGAAUUUUUGAUGGAUUAAGUUUUUUACAGAUGUGAGUAACUGGGCAUUCUCAUAAUAUAGUUUAAAUAAACUGCAUAUUGUAAAAGAAACUUUGUUUUGUUAAAGUUCAGCUGUAUAUUAAAAUAAACAAUAAAACUGCA